AUGAAUUAUACAUUGCCAGUGUUGUCGUUGUUAUUGUUCUUGAACUCUUUUAUCCUGUGCUCAUGUAACGAUAUUGAUGAUGAAAAGAAACUCCCGACUGUGGGCAUAACGUGUCUGGUUCGUAACCAAGCUCAUACAUUGCCCCAAUUUCUUACUUCUCUCAUGAAUUUGGACUACCCGAAAGACAGGAUAUUCUUAUGGUUCCGCAGCGACUACAACAGCGACCAUUCAGUUGACGUGCUACGUGAUUUUGUUAAUAAAUUCGGAACCUUGUACAACCGAGUACAUCUUUCAUAUAACACGUCUAAACAAAAGUUCGACGAUGAAUUGUCACCGACCCAUUGGAGCCACAGUCGAUUUAUGCAUUUGAUUAAGUGGAGGGAAAUGGGUAUUAAGUAUGCGAAACGACAAUGGGCCGAUUAUGUAUUUAUGCUGGACGCGGAUGUGUUUCUCACGAACCCCCAGACGCUACGGCAUCUCAUCCAAAAACAACUCCGUGUGGUGGCGCCAAUGCUCGUCUCAGAUCGAUAUUACUCCAACUUCUGGUUGUCCGUUGACGAUGAUUUCAACUAUCGUCUAAAUCACGAUGAUGAAUACUAUCCAUUAUAUGAGUACAACGAAUCGUACAUGGCAUGUCAUAUAGUUCCAGUGAUAUACGGAGCGGUACUAAUGGAUCUUCGAUCAAAGAAAUCGGACUAUAUAACCUAUGACCCCUACAAAAUAGUCGAUUACAUGGGCCCGAUACAGGACCACAUUAUAUUUGCCGUGAACGCCAUGAGGAACAAUAUAUCGCUACACCUUUGCAACGACGAUUUCUUCGGUUACAUCACCCGACCAAUAAAAGAAGGUGAACCGCUUGAAAGGGAUGUAUUGCAUCUCACCAAUCUCAAGCUGUCAGCGAUAGCGCGCAGCAAGCCGCUUCAAUACCACUACAAGCUGCAGCGUUUUGUGUACUACCCUCCUUCUCUGGACUAUCAAGUUAACAAGAUUUAUAUGAUCAACCUCGAACGAAGACCUGAUAAAAGAAAGCUGAUGGAACAGAGCUUCAAGGAAUUAGGCAUGAAUGUUACACGUGUUGAAGCCGUGGACGGAAAGAACCUGGACGCAAAAAAACUUCAAGAUAUGAACGUCACCUUGAUGCCUGGAUAUGAAGACGCCUAUUAUAAACGCCCUAUGACCUACGGCGAGAUCGGAUGUUUCUUGAGUCAUUACAAGAUUUGGGUCGAGGUUGCGGAGAGAAACUACAACAGAGUGUUGAUUUUGGAAGACGACGUUAAUUUCUUGCCUUAUUUCAAGGAAAACUAUGAUAUGAUUAUAUGGGAGUCUUCUGUUCUGACUCAUGAUUUUAUCUACCUCGGCCGUAAAAUUAUGAUGGAUAAGGUUGAAAUUCGAAUGACGACUCAUCUGACUAAGCCGCUAUACUCUUAUUGGACUAUUGGUUAUAUUAUAACAAAACUGGGUGCUGAGAAACUGAUCGAGGCUAACCCUUUGAGCAAAUUGUUACCAGUCGAUGAGUUCUUACCUAUCAUGUUCGAUGAACAUCCAGAUAAAAAAUAUAAAGAAUUCUUCCCAAAGCGGAACCUAGAUGCGCUAGCUGCCAGUCCAUCUAUCAUUUCACCUACACACUAUACUGGUAUGCCGGGUUAUAUUAGUGACACUGAAGAUUCCAUACCUCUCUCUACUGAGCCUUGCACUGAUAAUCCAGAACUUUAA